GUACAUGCUGCUUCCGCUUCCUGUUUACCACUUGUGGAUUUGAUUGUGGUAGCCGGCGCGUACACGGGUAAUAUUCGUAAUUUUAAGAUACAACAUCACUUUUUGCUUUUAUUUUACAUGGUAAGGUUAUAGAAAAUGAAAUUUUAACUUUACAGUUUCUAAUAGAAUCGAUUAUUGGUAGAUGAACUUCCAAUCAAAUGAACCAAUGGUUAUGGGUUCACCCCCAUCUCCUCAAGCCUACUUGCCGAGUUACCUCUUAGGAGACACGAGCCUUACACAAAAAGAUUCACUAUCUCCUAAGUCCCCUUUACAAACAACAACUCCGUCAAAAAGAAAAUCCUUAAAUGUUUCAUUUGCAACACCAGCAGCAACGGAAGUUCGUCAAACACCAUCUUCAUCGAUUUUAAGUAAAGAAAAGGCUUCAAAGACAUCUAAGCCACCAACAGUUGGUUUAAUAGACGAUGUAAGAUCACCAAUGAACGCUUCAAUGUCAUUUGUCGACAACAAAGACACUUCACUAAGUGAAUCUUCAUCUGAUUUAUGUGUCACCGUGUUUGGCUUUGCUCCUGCUUCGGCUUCCUCAGUUCUUCAGCAUAUGGCCCAGUACGGAAGUAUAGUUCGUCAAGAAUGUCCUCCCAAUAAAAAUUGGAUGCAUUUGCAAUAUCAAAAUAAGAUGCAAGCUAACCGAGCUUUAUCCAAAAACGCUAGAAAGAUUGAGAUGAAUUUAAUGAUUGGGGUGACCCCAUGCGUUGAUGGCUCAUUUUGCGAAAAUAAUCAGGUGCAGUCGACAAUGAGACCGCUUAACGCUGCCUACGAAACUGUAACAAAAGACACAGCUGUCUUUCAAGUGGCUGGAACUCCUACGAAAUCAGAUUCGAUAGUCGGAAAGGCAAUGGAAUACUUUCUGGGAUGGUAA